AUGGAUACUGGGUACAAGCAUUUCAGCCAUGCACACAACCUCGUCAUCCACCAAGCACAUGAAGCUGCCAAGAUGUCAUGCACCGGCUGCAACUCUUUGGUCAUGGGGACAAUAUACGUUUGUUGGCAGUGCAAUUUCAUGUUACACGAGCAAUGCUUUCGUGCAACCCGGUCCUUAAUACAUCCGUCACACCCUUCUCAUCCUCUAACUUUAGUUCCUUAUCCAACUUAUCCCUCAAAUUCCUUUUACUGUGAUACCUGUAAACUCACCGGAAAUGGAUUAUCAUAUUCCUGUUCUGAUUGUGAAUUUGACCUUCACGUCCUUUGUGCUCAUUCUAUUACCGAUACUUCCCCUACUCAUCAACCCUCAAUGGUUCACCCCAAUCAAACUCAUGGUCAAGAAAUGGUUCCACAAAGUGGCCAGAACUCUUACCAAUCACAAAAUAUCUACCCUCCUACUAGUGUUCAUAACCCUAUUACUAAUUUCCAAUAUUCUUCCGUGACUCCUAUUAUGCCGGUGGAAGAAUCUGCUUCUGAUCGUGAGCAUAUAAAAAAAAACGAGCAAAGGCUUGAGAUUGCAAGGGAGGAGUAUAGAAUAGCUGCCCUUGGACGUCAAUAUGCCUUAGACAGCAUAUAG